GUUCAUAUUAAAAUCAAAUGCUUUAAAACUCUUGAAUGCCUUAAUUGAAUCUGGUUAAGUAUAAUUUAGAUGUAACUCCAAUAAGAAAAAUCUCCUUAGCCAUGCUUCAGAAUGAGAAUUUUCUUCAACAUCCAAUUUUUAGGAGUUGCUGGAGGAGAAUCUUUGAUCCCCAUUUGCUGGAAGUGGAGUGAGUGAGAGGGGAAGCUGUGCUGAGGAGGAGAGCUUUGUCAGCUCGUGGAUCCCAGCGAGUGUUCCCAACCUUUGUCACUCUGUAAAGCUUUAACCUCGUCAUGAAAGUUCCCGAUAGCAGCUGGGAGGAUCGUGCUGCAGCCAAUCCCACAGGCUCAAUGUUUGUAGCCUCAGUUAAAUAAGCAAGAAUUGAUAUUUUGGCCUUCUCUUCUGAAGAGCCGCUGGCCAGGAUGGAGCGGUUUUGCUCGGGAAGCGCAGCAUGAAUUUCCCAAAAGCUGAUGUAAAUGAGGGACUUUUUAUCCUCUCCAGUCCGUGGGGUUUUGCUGUUGAGAUGAGUGAGAGCAGGGCUGGAUCCUGCUGGGCUCUUACAGCUCAGUGUUUCUGGCACAAGGGGAAGUUCCAGGUGUGUGUCUCACUCUGUUCCUGAUCCAUUCAUCACCUCAGAGUUGCUUUUAGUCCCAAUCACCUCCAGAAAUGCAGUAACCACCCCAAAGUGUUUCAGUUUCACUUUAUCACAUUUAUUCCUUCAAAUUACUUCAGGCCUGAGCUCAGUGCUACCCUCAGAGAUGCAGGUAGUGAGGCACAGUUUAUUUUUAGAAAAAAAAAUGAAUCAUCUCUUGAGUGUGUCUUGUCUCUUUUUGCUUUGUUGAAAAGUAAAUUCAAAGAACUGGGACCUGCUGGUUCUGGGUGAGCAGGAGCCCAUUGAGGGCAGGUGAUGCUGUCCCAGGAGUGACCAAAAGUUGAGCAGAGCUUAUUUUGGAUCUGCUGAACUGCAGGGACAGAACCUGUGGGUACAGCAGGUUACUGGGUUUUACUUUGCAGGUUGUUUUGUUGGGAAACAACUACUCUGAAAUCUGCAAAGGGGAAUGCACGUGUGUCCUCUCACCCUGAACUAUUUCCAGUUUCCAGCUCUGCUCCUGGACAAAGAUUAACAGGAGGGGAAGACUGUUGCUAUGUGGGGGGUUUGAAUCUCAGAGCUUUACAAAAAAACUUUGUUUUGUUUCUCCCAUGGUUGUCUUGAACCUCUCCAAUGUUUGGAGGCUUCUCCUUUACUGAGCUGGAGCUUGUCCUUGCAGCAAACAGCUCUGGCACGAGGUGUGACCUUGGCAGAGGAAUUAUCUCUAAAGCUAUUGCAACUGCUUCCUUAUCCUUGUGCUGGUAGUGAGCCACUCCUUAACUUCAGGAUCCAGGAGCCUCCAGCAUACUCAGCUCGUUAUCUGUGUGUUUGUGGAUAUGAGCUGGAUUAAUGGCUUUCACCUUUUAAAGUCCAGCAAAUUGCAGCAGUGAAGUGGAGCAUCGUUCUGUGGUUGGAGGAGCUGCUUGAGGGGUGUUGGGAUAUCUUGGGGGGGAGAAUUUUUGCAAAAGGGUAGUUUUAUUCACUGCCCUGUGACUGGAGUUAUUAUUUCAAUACAUAAAAGGAGCAGAAGUCAUGUUUUUUUUUCUCUGUGCUUCUGCUGGAUUGUUGGAUUCCUCACCCAAAUGCUCUGGGAGAGGGACCUUGAAGGACUUUUAUCUUGUGCUGUGGGAAUGAACAUUUCUGUGUGUCAGGUGCCAGGCUGGAGUCCUGCAACUCUUCUUGUCUGUCUCAUUUGUAACCCUCUCACUCUAAUUAUGGUCCAAAGUGAGAAGAUCCUGUUCUCUCCCCAGCAGGCUGGGAUGGUGUGUAAGUUUGUCUUGGCAAUUCAAAACCUUUCAUCUCCUUGGUUACAAGUUUAAGGAAAUCAUUAGUGUUGAUGUGUGUACAAAUCCUGGGGGAUGGGAAAGUUCAGGAGGAAUCCUGGCACAGCACAGGCGAUGCUUGGUCAGUAGAGAUAUCACUAAUUCCGUUAAGUUAUACAGUUUCUUCUCCUUGACAUAUGUUUUUUUACCUUCCUUUCUAGGAAGGGGUCUGGAGGAGGGAAAAUUUCCCUUUCUGGUGAAAGGGGACUGGAGCAUUAUGACAGUCAAGUCUUUAAAAGCUUAUGAGUUCCCAGAGCCCUUGCCGAGUAGCCGCUGCCUCCGCUGAUGUUGUUGGAUGUCAAUAAAGAGAGGUUGAAGGCAACACUUCUAAUGGAGGUAACAUCAAAAGGUGCUGGCUUGAACCCCAACGCUAAAGUGUGGCAAGAAGUGCCCCAGGGCAGUGGUGAGGCCGUGCCCCCCACCAAUGGCACAGAGCACACGUGGCAGGAGCCAGCAGCAGCCCAGGGGACUCCAGCUGAGGGUAACAUAGAGAUCUCAGAGGACAGCUGCAAGCAGUAUGAAGUGAUGUAUUCCCCAUCCUGUGAAGCCACAAGGAAUGGCACAGGGGUUGAUGAGGCAUCAGCAAAUGGAAUUGUCCUGGCAACUGAAGAUCUGGGAUACCAAAUCUAUGAAGUGUCUGGUGAUGGCAGCUCCACUGUGUCCACAGAAGACAUCAGAGAAUGUUUGAGGAAACAACUUGAGUUCUGCUUCUCACGAGAGAAUCUUUCAAAGGAUCUCUACUUGAUGUCUCAGAUGGACAGUGAUCAGUUUGUUCCAAUAUGGACAAUUGCCAACAUGGAAGGGAUUAAGAAGCUGACAACGGAUAUGGACCUUAUUCUUGAAGUUUUGAGAUCUUCUCCAAUGGUACAAGUGGAUGAAAGGGGGGAGAAAGUCAGACCAAACCACAAACGAUGUAUUAUCAUUCUCCGUGAGAUCCCUGAGACGACGCCUAUAGAGGAGGUGAAGGCUCUGUUCAAGAAUGAGAACUGCCCCAAGGUGAUAAGCUGUGAGUUUGCUCACAACAACAACUGGUACGUUACAUUCCAGUCGGACACAGACGCGCAACAGGCGUUCAAAUACUUAAGGGAAGAAGUGAAAACCUUUCAGGGCAAGCCAGUAAUGGCCAGGAUAAAAGCCAUCAACACAUUUUUUGCUAAGAAUGGUUACCGGGUGGUGGAUUCCAGCGUGUAUCCCCAGCCUGUGCAGACCCAAGCCCAGUUUGCCUCCCCCCUGUUUAUGCAGCCUGUAUAUAGCCCUCAGCAGUACUCCAUUUACAGCAUCGUGCCUCAGACGUGGUCUCCAAACCCUGCACCUUACUUUGAGACACCACUGGCCCCGUUUCCCAACGGUGGAUUUGUGAAUGGCUUUAACACACCAGGAUCGUACAAAACAAACGCUGCUUCUCUCAGUAUAGGUCGCCCAUUCCACAGGAAUCGGGUGAAGCCGCAUUUCCGCUCCUCCAGCAGCUCCGAGCACCCGGAGGCGCCGCCCGGCGCCGGGGCCCUGCCCAUGGGGGACCUGAGCAGAACCAGCUCCAGGAAUUUUGUCAUGGAGAGACACAACAGCUCCUUAACUGGGCACCAAGAGCAAGGGUAUUCCCAGAAGGAUUCUCCCACGGCACAGCUGGAGCAGAACGGCGACUACGGCGUCGGCAGGGGCAGGAGGAACGUGUUCAGAGGUCGCAGGAGACGGGAGGACGACCGAGUUUCAAGACCUCAGCCUUCAGCAGAAACAAAGACUCAGACACCAAAGUUUGACUUACUUGCAUCCAAUUUCCCACCUUUGCCUGGCAGCACAGCAAAAAUUCUGGGAGAGCCAGUGCUGGAGAGCAGGAUGUCCGACAUUGUUAAAGGAGUCUGCAAGGAGAAGGAGAACAAAGACUCCCUGUCCCCCUGCCCGGCUCCUGCUGCGGAGGAACAAACGCCCAGCGCCGCCCCAGCGCCCGUGGCCAGCGUCAGCUCCCCGAGCCAGGCUGAGCCUGUGCUGCUCAGCUCUGUUCAGCCAGAGAGCAAAGCAGAAGAAGUGUCUGCUCCAAAGGACGUGGCCAGCCCGGCUUCUCCCCCAGCAUCCACCUGUCCCAUCAGUGCUGCAAAGGCACCCAGGACAAACAGCUCCUCACCUGCUGCUCCUGCAAGUGCAGCUCCUGCUCUGGCAGCACAGGAGCCUCGCAAGCUCAGCUACGCCGAAGUUUGCCAGAAACCCCCGAAGGAGCCACCCCCAGCCCCCACCCAACCCCCGAGGGAACACCGCCCCAACACCGCUCCCCCUGCCAAAAACGAAGAGAACACAGUGGACAAGGCUCCAGAGAAGGCUCCUCUUGAGAGGCCUGAAGGAAGGAUGAAGGAUUUCCCCGGGUUCCGUGGCAGUGGAGCUCCCAGGGGAGCUGCUGGCAAAAUCAGGGAACAGAGGCGCCAGUUCGGCCGCAGAGCUUCGCCCCAGGGAGCGCCGCGCCGCGCCGGCAAGGAGCAGUUCCUGGGCAACAAGGAGCAGUUCCUGGGCAAGGAACAGCAAUUCAUGGGCAACAAGGAGCAGUUCCUGGGCAACAAGGAGCAAUUUGUGGGCAAGGAGCAGUUCCUGGGCAACAAGGAGCAGUUCCUGGGCAAGGAACAGCAAUUUGUGGGCAAGGAGCAGUUCAAGGAUCAGUACAAGGAGCAGCAAUUCAAGGAGCAGUUUGUGGGCAAGGAUCAGUCCAUAGGCAAGGAGCAGUUCAAGGAGCAGCAUUUCAUGGGCAAAGAGCAGUUCAAGGAGCAACAAUCCAUGAGCAAGGAGCAGCAUUUCGUGGGGAAGGAGCAGUUCAAGGAGCAGCAUUUCGUGGGGAAGGAGCAGUUCAAGGAGCAGCAGUUUGUGAGCAAAGAGCAGUACAAGGAGCAGUUUGUGCCACCCAGGUCACCAAAGUAACUCUUGGUCCAGCCAAUGAUUCUCUGUUCAACCUUGAGCUGUGAACUAAAGAGCAGCAGAGAGACUUGAGGAGGGAAGGAUUGAGGAAGGGGAGUACUGAACUGGAAGAGUGGCUUGUGUGGAGAAGUUGUGGAAGGUCCCAAAAUUCAUCUCUGAAAGUGAUUUCAUAAAUGCUGGAGGAUUCCAAUCACUAUAAAUAUAGAGAUUAUAAUUUUUGUAUUUUUUUUUUUGUUGUUUUUAAUUUGCAGAGGGUUUCCUGCUUGAAAUCAGCUUUGGGAUUGUGAAAGUAGAGUUUUGACAAAGUGAAAGAAUAUGAGUUGACAAAUUAACCUGUCCCUCGCUGUAGAAGAGGAAGAGGAUAAGAGAAUAUUAUUUUUGGAAAAAAUGAGCAUUUCUGUAAAAUUAGAACUUUUUUUAACCUAUUUAAACGUUUGGCUUGUGGGCUGGUGUGUCUGCCAUGGAUGGCCUGGCUUUGCAGAGGCAGCAUGAGCGAGUGCAGCCACAACUGUUGUCAUCACUUAGAUGAAAACUGAAUGUACUACUGUAGUAACCCAGCUUGAAGUAGAGUCUCUUGACCUCACUAAUAUUUCAUUCAGCAAGCUUUUUAAGGUAGAGGUUUUGCAGGAUUCUGGAUUGUAGCUGAGAGUGUGUGGACAGCAGAAAUUGUCUCGUAGAUGCAGAGGAAGGAGGCAGAGGGAGCAUUUUUAUUUUGCCCUUUUUCCCUGCCUCCUUUUGAGGGCAACUCCUUAGGUUUGGGGUUUUGUUUGUUUGCUUUUUCCCUCUCUUGUUACUUUCUCUAAUUUCUUUAUUACAGACUUUAGUGCUUUUUUUUUUUUAUUUUUUAUUUUCUUGGUGUGUUUUCCUGAGGCAGCCCCAGGGUAGGACACAGCACCUGGUGUUACCUGGAAUUCCAGAUGUGGAAUUGCAGAUGUGGAAUUCUGCCUGGCAGGUGGGAACUCUGGGCACUCACUGGCAUCUCUGCAUGGCUGGGCAGCAAACCAGAGCUGUGCCUGGGUUUUCUCUGUACUCUGGAAGAGGCUGUUGGCUGCUGUAUUGCCAGAAAUCAGGGUUUAGACUCCUGGGAAUUUGUUGUUUACAGCUGAUGUCGUAGCAACUGACUCCUUUUUUGAACUGUUUCAAGAUGCAGAGUUAAAGAAAUCCCCCUGCUGGAGUGGUGCCAGCUGUGUGCUGACUGAAUUUGCAACACUAUUGUGCAGUAAGUGGUUAAAUUUUCAGGGUGAUUAAUGACUGAAAAUAGGAACAUUGAGCUCAUUAAUCUGCCAAAAUCAGCAUACCAGGGUUCAAAGUUCUGUAUAAAGUGUUAGGGAAAAGUAGCUUCCAGCAGUAAGAAUCACACCUUUAUUUUUUUUUUUUUCCUCCUUUUUAUUUUUUUUUUUUAAGUGAAUAGCAAGUGUACAAAUUUAAAAGUUGUAAGUUGUGAACACUGGAAAACUCAAUUGUGAUAUAUUCCAUAACCAUCUUAGUAAUAUAUGCUCGUGUUGCCAUAGAAUGAAUGUAAGUGGCAGUUAAAAUAACUGUGAAAUUUUUUCAUCUUCUGAUUUCUUAGCCAGAUAACCCUUGGCAACUUGGGGCCUCAGUAGGAAUUCUCUAUCAACUGCUUGGAGAACACUCAUAUCUAUUUUUAUAAAUAUAUAUAUAAAGCCAGAGUUGUCAUUUCUCUAACUUAUUAUUCAGCUUGGCAAUUGCUUUGAGUUGAUUCAUAACACAAUAUAAUGUAUUUAUGCAGUUUAUACAAAAGAGAGAGACAGAAAAAAAAUCAUAGAAAGGGCUGAGUUGGAAAGGACCCAUCAGGAUCAUGGAGUCCAACUCC